CGGAAGUGUCGCCUGUGUCUCGCGCUGCUCUCUCAGUCUCCGGUAGCGGCGGCGAAGUUGGUUGUUGUUUUUUUUUAAACAAAUGGGUGAUGAAAAGGAUUCUUGGAAAGUGAAAACUUUAGAUGAAAUUCUUCAAGAAAAAAAACGCAGGAAGGAGCAAGAAGAGAAGGCAGAGAUAAAACGUAUGAAAAAUUCAGAUGACAGGGAUUCCAAACGGGAUUCCCUGGAGGAGGGGGAGCUGAGGGACCAUCGCAUGGAAAUAACCAUCAGGAACUCCCCAUACAGGAGGGAAGACUCCAUGGAAGACAGAGGAGAAGAAGAUGAUUCUUUGGCUAUAAAACCACCACAGCAAAUGUCACGGAAGGAGAAAACCCAUCACAGGAAAGAUGAGAAGAGGAAAGAGAAGCGCAGGCACCGCAGCCAUUCAGCUGAAGGGAAACAUGCCAGAGUGAAGGAGAAGGAACGGGAACACGAGCGCAGGAAGAGGCACAGGGAGGAGCAGGACAAAGCCCGGAGAGAGUGGGAGAGGCAGAAACGGAGAGAAAUGGCAAGGGAGCAUUCCAGGAGGGAGAGAGACCGUCUGGAGCAGCUGGAGCGGGAACGAGAGAGGAAAAUCCGAGAGCAGCAGAAGGAACAAAGGGAGCAAAAAGAGCGGGAAAGGCGCGCGGAGGAGCGGCGCAAGGAGCGGGAGGCCAGGAGAGAUGUUUCUGCACACCAUAGAACAGUGAGGGAAGAAUAUGGAGACAAAGUAAAAAUGAGACCCUGGAGUCGCAGCCCAUUACGACAGCAGAGAGAGAAACUUGAGCAAGGAGAGAGCAGGAAACCAGCAGUAAAAGAAGAGAAGCCAGAAGAGAGAGAUCCUCUUUCAGACUUGCAAGAUGUCAGUGACAGUGAGAGAAAAACCAGCUCAGCUGAGUCUUCUUCAGAAUCUGGGUCAGGCUCAGAAGAAGAGGAGGAAGAGUCAAGCAGUGAAGGUUCUGAGGAAGAGGGAGAAGAAGAGGAAGAGGAGGAGGAGACAGGAAGCAAUUCUGAGGAAGUGUCUGAGCAGUCAGCUGAAGAGGUGAGCGAGGAAGAAAUGAGUGAAGAGGAGGAACAGGAGAAUGGAAACCACAUCCCAGUUGUUCCAGAGUCAAGGUUUGACCGGGAUUCAGCAGGAAGUGAAGUGGAAGAGGAGGAGGUGGGGGAGGGCACCCCUCACUCCAAUGCCAUGACAGAAGGGGAUUACAUUCCUGACUCCCCAGUCUCCUCACCCAUUGAACUGAAACAGGAGCUCCCCAAGUAUCUUCCUGCUCUUCAGGGUUGUCGCAGUGUGGAGGAGUUUCAGUGUUUGAACAGGAUUGAAGAAGGAACAUAUGGUGUUGUGUACAGAGCAAAAGACAAGAAGACUGAUGAAAUUGUGGCUCUGAAACGACUGAAAAUGGAAAAGGAAAAGGAAGGCUUUCCCAUUACUUCUCUGAGAGAAAUAAACACUAUUCUGAAAGCACAACACCUCAAUAUUGUCACUGUCAGAGAAAUUGUUGUAGGCAGUAAUAUGGAUAAAAUCUAUAUUGUCAUGAACUAUGUAGAACAUGAUCUCAAGAGCCUGAUGGAAACCAUGAAGCAGCCGUUUCUCCCAGGUGAAGUGAAAACCUUGAUGAUCCAGUUACUGCGAGGAGUCAAGCACCUUCAUGACAACUGGAUACUUCACAGAGACCUGAAAACUUCCAACCUGCUUCUCAGCCACUCAGGCAUCUUAAAAGUUGGAGAUUUUGGGUUAGCCAGAGAAUAUGGAUCCCCCCUGAAGCCAUACACCCCUGUGGUUGUCACCCUCUGGUACAGAGCUCCAGAGCUGUUGCUGGGAGCUAAGGAAUAUUCAACAGCAAUAGACAUGUGGUCAGUGGGCUGCAUCUUUGGGGAGCUCCUGACACAGAAACCCCUGUUCCCGGGCAAGUCAGAAAUUGACCAGAUCAACAAAGUUUUUAAGGAUCUGGGUACUCCUAGUGAGAAGAUCUGGCCUGGUUACAACGAGCUGCCAGCAGUGAAGAAGAUGACAUUCACAGAGUAUCCCUACAACAACCUCCGCAAGAGAUUUGGGGCACUCCUGUCUGACCAGGGCUUUGACCUGAUGAACAACUUUUUGACCUACUACCCAGCCAGGAGAAUCACUGCUGAAGAUGGUUUGAAGCACGAGUAUUUCCGUGAGACUCCCCUUCCCAUUGACCCCUCCAUGUUUCCCACCUGGCCAGCAAAAAGUGAACAGCAAAGGGUAAAACGUGGCACCAGCCCCCGGCCCCCCGAGGGAGGCCUGGGGUACAGUCAGCUGGGGGAUGAUGAUCUGAAAGACACAGGUUUCCAUCUGACCACCACAAACCAGGGGGCAUCUGCUGCAGGACCUGGUUUCAGCCUCAAGUUCUAAACUCAUCAUGAAAGGAGGAAAUUAAAAGAACUGGUCAUGGGAGUGGAUUUUUUGAGAGCCCCGGUUCUGUUCUUCACUUCAGGGAGACCUUAUGGUUUUCACAGGGAAAAAGGCAAAUGUCAUCCCAGAUCUGAAGGCUCUUGGCUGGGUGGGGAGUGAAACUGCAGCAUUCCGGGGCAGGACUGGAAUUACCCUGACAAGCCAAGGAGCACUGCAGAAUUUGACACAGGAAAACUUGAAGUACAAUCCUGGAACAGUU